UGGCAUCUCACUGUGCACAGCUCAUCGCUAGGAGGAUCACAUAAAUAUACAAAUUAUUUAAAAGCAAUUUCUUAGAAACAUAUUUUCUAUUCGUUGUACAAUGCCUUGCGGUGGGCCUGUGUUUGUAUUCGAGAAAUCAUCACUGUGCGCGAUAUGUAGUACAUAACACCAAAAAUUCCCUAUUCUUUUUUAAAGCAUCUAGAAUGGUCAACGAGUUGAACAGACCCCAAAAUGGGGACAAUGCCGCCCUGAGCGAGCGCCUGGCUGCCUCCAACCGGCAGUUGCAGGAGAUGCAGGAGGAGCACCGCCAGUUGCUCCAGGAGAUGGAGACCCUGCGAUUGCGUGCCGCCGAGCUCACACGCCUGAAUGCCCAGCGCCAACAGCUGAGGCAGUCCGCCGGCGAGGAGGAGCAGUCCCAGGUGGAAGCCCCAGCGGAGCCGGAACCAGUGCCGUCCUCUUCCUCUCCUGCUGAUCUUGCCACCGAGGAAGCUACUCCUCCUGUACAGGAAGAGGGCUCCAACGACGAUGACGAGGACAAGGAGGAGACGGCCAGUUACCUGCAGCAGAAACUGAACGAGAUCGCCAACCUGAAGGCUCAGUUCAAGCGGGUGCAACACAUGGUGGACACCACCAACCUAAUUGAGCAGCACAUGUCCUCCAGGCAGACGGUGCAGGUGCAGAGUAGCUCCUCCGUUCAGAGCAGCCGCCAGACCACCACCUCUGAGGUUCGAGUGGCUGAGGGGAUUGAGGCUGGGCAGGAGACUGCUAGUCCAUCCACCACUGCCGCUCCCGACAACGCCGAGCUCCUGAAUUCCAUGCUCAACAUGUUCACCGACUUCACCAGUGACCUGCGGGGUCAGGCGGAGAGCCUGCGGGCGGAGCGGGAUCGGAUCAGGACCCUCAAGGAGGACAUAAUCCAGCGCAAGCAGGGAAAAUAAUGGAAACUAUAGUUUAAGUUUGAAAAUCGAAAAGUUUUUCCUUGAACUACAUAUUUGUAUUGUAUAAUUCCUAAACUGUAUAAUAAAGUUUCGCAAAACUAUUUUUUGUUAAUGUCUGUAAAA